CAUCAGCCCCUGGUCUUCCCCGUAAAUGCCCCUUUUUCCUCGAGGAUGGGUGUGAAGGGACAAUGCUGGGACUUUCUAAGGGAAGAAGUUACUAGUAAAGUAAGAAAGAAACCAAAACCAAGGCAAGGAAAGAUCAAGAUCUCACCAGUCCAGAGUCUGCUCUGCUUCUUUUCUUUGCCUCCCGUUGUCUAAGAAGCUGCAGCCCUCCGGGCCGAUGCAACUCCUUUGCUGUCUGCUCCCUGACCCCCACAGGGGUGCAUGAGUGGUUAGCGCUGCAGGCUUUUCCAGGGGUGCACACGGUGGGGUUGCCCUCAUCCUCACCCCCGCCCAGUCCGAGCUCAGAGCCCUUGCCUCAGGGAUAACAGGCUGGAUCCAGCUCAGAUGUUGGGACACAGGAGAUGCCAUGGGUCCAGCAGGGGGCAGGACUUGCCACAGGUGUGAUCAGUGGGGCAACAAGGGUGGAAGGGGUCAGGGAAAGGCUGUGCAGUCUGGGGGUGUCACAGAGGAGAAAGUGUGGUCCCAGAUUCUCUGCAUCCUCCAAAGACUGCAAGGGCUUUGGAGUGAGACACCCUGAGCUCUGUGGACCUACAGCAGGAGGGGAGCUGGGUCCACCCUGGAAGUCCCCAAACUGAUGGGGAGAGAUGAGUCCAAAAAAUCAGACUCCUUUCUGGAAACGGACACUGACUGGGAACCCCAGGAUGACGAGCUAGGGCUCCACACUACACCCGCCCCCCAAUCUGAUGGGGAGGAUGAAGCCCCACCCUGGAGCGAGGACUGGGGAGAGCCUCCGGGUCAGUUGGGCACAAAAGAGCUCUGACUACACAGAGAAAGCCUCUGGCUCCGGCAGCCAGGAGGGAGGCAUGGGCACAUCUGGGGAGAGGAUCAGAGGGGGGCAUUGGGAGCCUGCACUGCCCAAGCCGUCUGGGCUACAUGAAGGUGGGACAGAGAGAGGCGCAGGGGCCGGCCUGAGUGUGGUCCUGUGACCCCCCAGCCCAGCCCCGUGCUCUGGGCCUUAGUUUCCCCUCCCCGGCCCCUCUGGCCAGGGCUCAGGAUGCCAUCUGCUUCACUGAACCCAUCUGUCUGAGACUUGCUCACAUCUUCCUCUUUUGUGACUAGAAGUCACAGGGCAACGCACUAAGCCGUACAGUCACGGAGGGACCACAGAGCCUCAGAGUGUGAAGGGACAGAGGGGAGAGCGGCAAGAGAAGGGGGAGAAGGGGGAGAAGGGGAGCCGGCGCAGAGGUGCCAGGACCAUGGCCGAGUCUGUCACCUACGCAGACCUGCGGUUCGUGAAGGCUCCCCUGAAGAAGAGGGUCUCCAGCCAGCCAGGACAGGACCCAGAGGCUGACGAUGACGGGGAGCUCACCUAUGAGAACGUGCAAGUGCCCACCCUCUCAGGGGGGGCCUCCAACUUGGCUUCUUCCGGGCUAGGGGACAAGGCCGGUAUGGAGAGCCCAGGGCUGGGUGUUUGCGGGGACGCUGUGUCUAGAGCUGGGGAGUCCAGAGCCGUCUUGGGAGGACCCGUCUUCCGGACGCCUUCCCGCUACCUGCGUGGGACUCUGCGCGACCGACCACCGCGUCCUCUGAGCGAGGCUCUUCCCCAAGAAUAUCCCGCCCCCGCCCCGCACCCCGGGUUUAUAAACUCGUUCCUGGGCUCACUGCGCCUCGUGCCACUGUCUCCCGAAGGCCAGGGCAGCCCAACCUGCUGGAAAUACCUCCUCCUGGGCCUGCUCCUCACCUGCCUGCUGUUAGGGGUGGCUGCCAUCGCCCUGGGGGUGCGCUAUCUGCAGGUGUCUCGGCAGCUCCAGCACACGGGCAGGGCCCUGGACGCCACCAACAGCAGCCUGAGGCAGCAGCUCCGCCUGCAGAGCGCGCAGCUGGGCCAGCAGGAGCGGGAGCUGCAGGGCUCCAGGAGGGAGCUGGCCCAGACGCAGGAAGCGCUGCAGGUGCAACAGCGCGAUUGCCAGGCCGUCAGGAAGCAGUCGCAGGCCUGGCUGGCCGGCUGGGAGGAGACAAAGGAGGCCCUGAGACGUGAGGAGACGCAGAGGAGGGACGUGGAGGAGAGGCUGGUUCUUUUUCCCCUCUGCGUGCCGGAAACGCGGAAGUCCAACUUGGAACACCUCCACCCCUCAGGCCCCUGCUGUCCCGUGGGAUGGAUACUGAUGGCAACGAAUUGCUUUUACAUCUCACUUAUUAAAAGAAGUUGGGAAGACAGCCAAAACUAUUGUAAAUCUCUAUCCUCCAACCUGGCCACGAUUACGGUGACUGAGUAUUAUUCAGAUUAUUAUAGCAGCAAUGUAUAUAAGGUGUUGGAACAAGUUGAUCCGUCUGGUUCAUACUGGAUUGACACCAGGUUGAAGGACAGGUCUUAUGUUUCCCAAAGGAAAAGAUGUACCUCUGUACAAAACAAGUGGACAAGAUACCCAUACCAGACAGAUUGUGCUACUUCUCUUCCCUGUGUCUGUGAGAUGGCACCUAUUAGGUACCCAGAUUACCACUGA